AUGUUUCAUCCCAGGAGACCGUUUGAAAGCGAAAAGCUUCAGUUACAAGAGCUGAACCACAGGCUCGGACAGUACCUGUCUAGAGCCAAACAGUUGGAACAAGAAAAUGCCUACCUUAUAACAGAAAUAAACAAGAUCCGACAAGACAAGUCUUUACAGUGGGAGAACAGAAACUUGGCAGAACUGCGGGAAAUGAGACGAAUGGUGGAACAGUUAUCCUUUGAGAAAUGUAAUGCCGAGAUGGAACGAGAAAAGCUUCGGCGAGAAAUCCAGAUCAUCCAGGCGAUGCGUUCUGAUGUGUCCAAGGUGAACCAAGGCAUCGACGGUGAGCUUAAGGGUUGUGAAAGGCAGCUAAACCAAGCUUGUCAGUCUAACAGUGCAUUGGAACAGCGUUUGAUUGAGCUUGAGAAUGAGUAUAAAUUUCUGGAAGAUGCCCACAGACAAGAAAUCACCCAUUUUAGGAGUCAGGUCCAUUCCCGAGUGGUACCUAUUGCUACUCAAACAUAUCAUGAGUUACCAGCAGUUACCAUGGAAGAAAUCCAGGAAUAUGCGCAGAAUCUGUCCGAAAGUUGGAUGGAAACUUUUGAGAUAUAUCGUCAGAGGGUCGAGGAAAUCGAAGAAUCAAUAAAAGCCGAUCAGGCUAGGCUCGAAGACAUCAACAGGGAGAAGAUGGAAUAUGCAACAGAACUAAACAAGCUACGUGCGGAAAUUGAGAAACAAAGCAAGAUACAGUUAACCCUCGAAGACCAACUAAUACACAUGCAAGAAAAUUUCAGAGGGGAAAUCGAUCAGUAUCAGAUGAUUAUUGAAGAAUUAGAGCAUGAACGCAGCCUAUUGGCCAACACCAUCUCAGAGAGACUGAAGGAUCAUCAGGAGCUUCUACAGGUCAAGAUGGGUCUUGGUUUGGAGGUUGCGGCUUACAGGGCACUCUUGGAAGAAGAAGGAAGGCAUGCACAGAUGCGGGCUGACCAGCGUUCAAGAGAGAGAAUAAUAGAUAUCAAGAUGCCCUCUCAGCCUUACACUCCAAAGGUGUCCUCGUUGUCAUCUGUUUGGCCGGAUCUAAAGAGCCACUUCACAUUGACUACAGGGCGCAGUGCAAGGUAUAUGGAGCCAGUUUCAAGCAUUAGAACCUCAGCUGUUUCAAGUCAGUCUGAUUCCCGUGGCACAAGGAUUGUUCCCAUAAAAAUGACCAAUCAGGCCCAGAAAAGCCGUGAAGCCAGGAGAGACAUGAUCUCCUUUACCAAAGCGUCGCAAGAAGCUUCUGCCAAGGUCUCCAAAGUAGGAGUCUCAUCCACAGAGAAAAAGAAAGAAGUUGUAGGGGAGAGGAGUGUGGAAAUAAAACAGGGUUCACAAGACACAAAGGAUUCACUUUACCGUGGCCAGUCACGGAAAGAAGAAAGGUUCAGCCCCACAGCUACAUCUACAACAGAACACAAAUCCGUGAAAGUGGUGUCACCUCCUAUGAUGAGCCUGGAUAAUGGUGUCAUAAAAGAAGGCGAAGUGAAAGUCAGUGAUAAGAGAGAUUAUUGGAUGGAUGGGAAAAAAGAAUCAGACAGGACCAAGACAACACUGAAACAAGAGGAAACGCAAAACAUUAGAAAGGAGGAAUCAAAGUAUGAAGUUCAGAUGGAUUCGAAAGAGUCCGGAAACGUACAGCCUAAAGUAUUUACAGGUGAGAAGAAAGUAUUAGACUCUGUGGCAGUGGAAGAGAUCAUUGAGAAAGUCAUGAAACCCGCUGGUUUAGAUUCAAAGCUGAGUGCAUCCUCUGAUCCUAAGAUCACUUACCAUGUGGAAAAAACAGAGCAAGAGGAUGGGACAACCAAGACUCAGAUUGUGUUACAGUCUAAAGUUGAGGAAGAAUUGGAUUUAUCAGAGGACUCUGCAUUAGAUGAACUUCUCAGCAAAGGAGUAAAGAAGGUGACCCUUGAGGGUAUCAAAGGAACCCCAACGGGAAAUGUGAUUGAGAAUUUGCUUAGCCUUGGGCUAAAAGCAGGUGAGAGCCUGGAAAACAAGUUGGUUAACGUAGAGAUAAUUGAGGAACCUGUGGAAUCUCAAAGUGAGGAAGAGAUUGAAGUUGAGGCAAAGUCCAAACCAACAUUCUCCCAACCAUCCUCAAUGUUCUUCCAGAUUGAAGAGCUAGAAAGUGACCCACAAACCAUCAAACAUCAUGGGAGCAGUUCUGAGGCAAUGACUGCAUCCAUGACAGCUAGAGGAUCUGUGCAGGUUCAAGAAUGUUCUAGGGAUACAGAUUCACCCUACUAUUCCCAGGGUCAAGAGUCUCAAGAGUACUUUGUUUCAACACCUGAAGAGAACUUGUCUGAGGCUGAGGAAGGUGGUGGAUUUGUGUCUUGUGGAAGAUAUGGAGUGGUUGAUGACCUGUCAGAUGAAAGGUACUACCAGGAAGAGGGCCUUCUUAUGAAGAAAGGGCAUGAUGACGAGAGUGACAGUUACCGAGAGUCACCUGAUUACAUCCAAACUGAUCACUCAUUCUCGAGAGAAAGUUUCCCAGAGUGUAUAAUUGAAGAGGAAGUCCGUGUAUCUCCUACAGUGCAACAGACAGUGUUGGAUCUCCUGAAGGAGGAGUCAUUGGAUCCUAAACAGCAGCUUAAAGGAGCACUGGAGCAGCUUCAGGGCACUGUGUCUGGGGUUUUGAAGGAGGAACUCUCUUUCUUCACAAAAGGUAGUGAGGACUCUGACAACCUCGCAGUUGACAUCAAAAAAGUAGAAGAGACCUCUGAAAAUGGAAAAACCACCAUUGUGGCAGAACUCAGUGUCUCUCAAACCUUAGAGGAUUCUGGGUUGCUACAGGACCAGAGAGAUGAUUUAUCUGAGGACCAGAUAUUGGCAGCCCUACGCACCAAACCAGGUCUUCAUGAGGCUCUCAGUGGUGGGGCUGGGGGAAGCUACUCUGUGCGAGUUACCAAAGAGGAGAUCCAAACAGAGGGCAUGCCUUCAGUGAGUGGUAGGGAGGAGAGCACAGCAUGGAGUACAACUGAACACAUCAAGUUGGGCCCUACUGAGAAAACCUUCACCUUCCAAAUGGAUGCCAACAGCGGUUCCAUGGGGACAGCAAGUGGAGUGAGCCCAGAUGUUCAGGGCAUUUCUAUACAAGAGCAGAGAAGUGCAGGAGCCAGUGUUAAAGAUCUGGAUGAGUUUGGCCAGGUUUUUCACAGUCACCAGUUUGAUCCUCCAUUAAAGGUCAGCCAUGAGAAAAGAGUUGCUACAGUCUAUCUUGAAAGCACCAAGAAUGAGUAA